AUGGAUUCUUGGUAUCUGCCUUCGUUUCUGUUCGUUGCCGCCCUCCUCCUGGUUUCUGGCUUGCCAGCUCCAGAAAACUUCGACGUAGAUGGUGGACUUGACCGGGAUAUAUUUGAUAUCAAUGAAGAUUUGGGACUGGAUCUUUUUGAGGGAGACAUCAGUCUUGAUGGGGUACAAGAAAGAAAUUCCAUCGUUGGAGAAAGAUAUAGGUGGCCUCAUACUAUUCCAUAUGUUCUAGACGAUAGCUUGGAAAUGAAUGCCAGGGGAGUUAUCCUGGAGGCAUUUGAACGCUAUCGCCUGAAAACAUGCAUUGACUUCAAGCCUUGGUCUGGAGAAGCCGACUAUAUAUCGGUGUUCAAGGGCAAUGGCUGCUGGUCUUCAGUGGGAAAUCAGCACGUUGGGAAGCAAAAUCUCUCCAUCGGACAUAACUGUGACAGAACAGCAACCGUUCAACAUGAAUUUCUCCAUGCACUGGGAUUCUUUCAUGAGCAGUCGCGAUCUGACCGAGAUGACUAUGUCAGCAUAAUAUGGGACAGAAUUACUCCAGGCAGAGAGAACAAUUUUAAAGCCUAUACUGACGAAGAAACGGAUUCCCUGAAUGUUCCCUAUGAUUACAACUCAGUAAUGCACUACAGUAAAACUGCAUUCCAGAUUGGAUCAGAACCAACAAUUGUGACAAGAAUCUCAGACUUCAUGGAUGUGAUCGGCCAGCGAUUGGAUUUCAGUGACCAUGAUCUCUUAAAGUUGAAUCAACUCUAUAACUGCUCCUCUUCCUUGAGCUUUAUGGAUUCAUGCGAUUUUGAACUGGAAAACGUGUGUGGUAUGAUUCAAAGUUCAGAAGAUAGUGCUGACUGGCAGCGGGUCUCCCAGGUUCCCGAGGGGCCAGAGAGCGAUCACUCCAACAUGGGCCAGUGCAAAGGUUCUGGCUUCUUCAUGCAUUUCAGCAGCAGCUCUGUAAAUGUUGGGGACACAGCAGUGCUGGAAAGUAGAAAACUCUACCCCAAACGAGGUUUUCAGUGCCUGCAGUUCUAUUUAUAUAACAGUGGACAUGAAAAUGACCAGCUGGACAUCUAUAUCCGGGAGUAUUCUGGAGACAAUGUGAACGGUAUUCUAAUCCUUGUGGAAGAAAUAAAAGAUAUACCCCUUGGGAGCUGGCAGCUUUACCACGUUACAUUGAAGGUGACCAACAAAUUUAGAGUAGUGUUUAGAGGGGUCAGAGGUGCUGGUGACUCACUGGGUGGCCUGUCUAUCGAUGACAUCAAUCUUUCAGAAACACAGUGCCCUCAUCAUACCUGGCACAUAAGGAAUUUCACACAGUACCUUAGCGACCCCGAUGGAGCUCUGCUUAGCCCUCCAUUUUAUUCGUCUAAAGGUUAUGCCUUUCAGAUUCACAUGACCCUAACCAAUUUGACUAAGAUAGGAAUUUAUUUCCACUUGAUCUCUGGAGCCAAUGAUGAUCAGUUACAGUGGCCGUGUCCUUGGCAACAAGCCACGAUGACAAUCUUGGAUCAGAAUCCUGACAUUCGACAGCGUAUGUCCAACGGGCGGAGUAUAACCACAGACCCCUCUUUGACCUCGGAUGACGGAACUUAUUUUUGGGACAGGCCUUCCAAAGUGGGAACAGAAGCUUUUUUCCCAAAUGGAACUCAAUUUAAAAGAAGUAGAGGCUAUGGAUCCAGUUCCUUUAUAACCUAUGAGAGGCUGAAGAGCAGGGAUUUUAUCAAAGGAAAUGAUGUUUACAUCCUACUGACAGUGGAAGACAUAUCCCACCUUAAUUCUACACAAGACGAACCAGUCCCAACCUCAAGUGUCAGUGACCUUUGCGCAUUCUUCAGGUGUGAGAAUGAUGGCAUCUGCCUUGUCCGAAAUGGCAACGCCGAGUGCAGGUGUCCCUCAGGGGAAGACUGGUGGUACAUGGGGAAAAGGUGUGAAAAGAGAGGCUCCAGGAAAGACAUCAUUGUCAUCGCCACUUCUUCCACUGCUGCCGUGUUCGCCCUGAUGCUGGUCAUCACCCUUGUCAGUGUCUACUGUACCCGGAAGAAGUAUCGUAAAGAGGCAGGUUCACAUACAGCAAAUACGACUCUGGAAAAUCAAUAUGCACUGUGAAGAGGAACUCAGCAAUGUGGCUGGCAAAUGAGAGCUUCUUCAUCAUGGUUUCACCUACAACGCAUUACAACUGCGUCAUUCUUCUAUAAAUGGAUCUUCUCCGUAAAUAGCUGGGUAUACCAUAAAUCAUUAUUUCGAUAAAAAUCGAA